UUCAACGAACUUUGAGAUUUACAUAUAUUAGUCACAGUGAAAUGAAGUUUUCAGUCUUGCUUCUUGUCCUCCUGGUGGUGCUUUCGGCGGUUCUCAGCGCCGCCAACCCAGCCGCCGAUCCCUUCAAGAAAAAGGGCUACAAGAAGAGGGUUUACAGACCCAGACCUGUGGUUUACCAUCCUGUCUACGUGCCUUACACACCAGUGAAGGUAACAUACAGCUACCAGCCGACCUACGAUCAUCAGCCGAGCUAUGGUCACCAAGCGAGCUACGGUCACCAGCCGAACUACGGUCACCAGGCGAGCUAUGGUCACUAGCAUAGCGAUGCAUGUUAAAACGCGUUGAUCAGACACUGCCAGAAGAAAAAUAAAAUAAUGAGGCUAGAAUUAUUAUCGGCGGUUGUUGUAAGAUUUGUACUUUAUGACGUCGGUUUUACAAUUCCUAGUUUUACACUUGUUUUUUAGUGUUUGUCAGUAAUCUUCAAAUACAAAAUCUUCAAUAAUAAUUUUGGUUAUGAUUCCUGAUUAAAAGUUGAAGACGAUA